CCGCCGGCAGGGAGUCACCAGAAGCUGUGUGAGGAGAAAGGUCCACUUCCCCCUUGGUCAUGACUGAAGUUCAUAUGCAGGCUGCUCAACACAGCAUCCAUAUGGGAGGGCUGAGUGGAGAAAGCACAAAUGUCCUUACGUCAGAGGAGGAGGGAACGUGAUGGGAAACCCCGAGGCAGACCACCAAAGAGCAUAUAGUCCUCCUUCCCAGCCUGCCAGACUUCGAAUGAAAGAAGCCUGAUGUAGGGGGUUGGUGGGGGUCGGUCACUGUGCCCAGUGUCUAAGCUGGCCGCUGGGUAGGUGGGGAGCAGAGGUCUGCAGCCUGCCUGAAUUCUGACCCUUUGGGCAGCUUUGCUCAAAGUGUGCAUGGAGCUUCACCUAGUGUGCAAGUGUGUGCCUGGAAGGGGUCUCCCCAAAGUCCUCUAGGAAACAGCCCAAGAUAAGGGGUGUGGCAAUAGAGAUAGAUAUGGUAGAUAACAGCUAAGGUUUAUGAGUGAGAUUUAUUUAAAGGAAUCAGUAAUCAGGUUUGUUCAUGUGUUUGUUUGCAUUGCUAAGGAUUGAACCCAGAACCUUUGCACUGAGCUACAUCCUCAGCCCUUUAAGAUUUUCUAAUUUGGAGACACAAGGGCAGAGAACUUAGCUCAGUGGCAUAAGCACUUGCCUGGCGAGCUUGUGAGUUCGAUCCCUGGUAUAAAAAAUUUAAUAAUAAUUUAGAGACACACUCUUGUUCAGUUGGUAAGUUACCCAGGCUGGGCUCGAACUUGUCAUCUUUCUACUGCAGCCUUCGAGAGUGCUGGAAUUCCAGGUAUGAGUCUCUGCACUUCAUGUGAUUGUGGAGGCUGCGGUGUCCCAAAACCUGCAGGGUGAGCGGUGAGCUGGAGUCCCCCGGAGACCAGUGGUGCUGCUCCUGUCCAAGGGCUGGCAGGCAUGAGCCAAGAAGACCAAUGCUUCAGGUUCAGUGUGAAGGCAGGGAAAAGCCGAGGUGUCCGUCUGAAGGCUGUUGGCAGGAGGAAUUCACUUUUUCUUGGGGGCUGCUGAACAGGAUGUCCGCAGAUGAUCGGCACCUGGGCUCCAGCUGCGGCUCCUUCAUCAAGACCGAGCCAUCCAGCCCGUCCUCGGGCAUUGAUGCUCUCAGCCACCACAGCCCUAGUGGCUCGUCAGACGCCAGUGGUGGUUUUGGCCUGGCCCUGGGCACCCACGCUAACGGGCUGGACUCGCCGCCUAUGUUCCCAGGCUCGGGACUAGGAGGCACCCCGUGUCGCAAGAGCUACGAGGACUGUGGCAGCGGCAUCAUGGAGGACUCCGCCAUCAAGUGCGAGUACAUGCUCAACGCCAUCCCCAAGCGCCUGUGCCUCGUGUGUGGGGAUAUUGCCUCUGGCUACCACUAUGGCGUGGCCUCCUGUGAGGCCUGCAAGGCUUUCUUCAAGAGAACCAUCCAAGGGAACAUCGAGUAUAGCUGCCCGGCCACCAAUGAGUGCGAGAUCACGAAGCGGAGGCGCAAGUCCUGCCAGGCCUGCCGCUUCAUGAAAUGCCUCAAAGUGGGAAUGCUGAAGGAAGGUGUGCGCCUUGACCGAGUACGUGGAGGCCGCCAGAAAUAUAAGCGACGGCUGGAUUCAGAGAGCAGCCCAUACCUGAGCUUACAAAUUUCUCCACCUGCUAAAAAGCCAUUGACCAAGAUUGUCUCAUACUUACUGGUGGCUGAGCCAGACAAGCUGUACGCCAUGCCUCCUGCUGGCAUGCCUGAGGGGGACAUCAAGGCGCUUACCAUCCUGUGUGACCUGGUGGACCGGGAGCUUGUGGUCAUCAUUGGCUGGGCCAAGCACAUCCCAGGCUUCUCCAAUCUCUCGCUGGGGGACCAGAUGAGCCUGCUGCAGAGCGCCUGGAUGGAGAUCCUCAUCCUGGGCAUCGUGUACCGCUCGCUGCCCUAUGAUGACAAGCUGGUGUAUGCGGAGGACUACAUCAUGGACGAAGAGCACUCACGCCUGGCGGGGCUGCUGGAGCUCUACCGUGCCAUCCUGCAGCUGGUGCGCAGGUACAAGAAGCUCAAGGUGGAGAAGGAGGAGUUUGUGACGCUCAAGGCCCUGGCUCUUGCCAACUCAGAUUCCAUGUACAUCGAGGACCUGGAGGCCGUGCAGAAGCUGCAGGACCUGCUGCAUGAGGCGCUGCAGGACUACGAGCUGAGCCAGCGCCACGAGGAACCGAGGAGGACCGGCAAGCUGCUGCUGACGCUGCCCCUGCUGCGACAGACGGCCGCCAAGGCCGUGCAGCACUUCUACAGCGUCAAGCUGCAGGGCAAGGUGCCCAUGCACAAACUCUUCCUGGAGAUGCUGGAGGCCAAAGUCUGAUGGCCCAGCACCCAGACCUACAGAUGGACCAGUGUGGAGACUCACUGCCUCCAGCCUCGACCUCCGGCCCCUGUAUGGUCCCAGAGCGAGGAACUUCCUGCCUCCUGACUAUGUGUGCAGACUCCUGGGUACAGGGGGUGGGGGCAGGGAUGGGGGCAGGGCGUGGGGCUCAUCUGUCACCAAUUUUUCCUUUGGUACAUUUUUCCUUUUCCAUGGGUUGUGCUGAGACCUGGGCUGGGGCUGACUCCCCUUGACACUGGAGACCAUUGGAGGAAGUGCCCCCUACCCCACCAGACCACCAGGAGGCAGCAUGUGUUUCCUGACCCAUCCCUGGUCUGCAGCCUUGGUGGGCUGUUGUGUGCACCAGACUCUGGCAACUCAUUGGGGCACCACCUGGGGUUGUCCUUCCACAGAGGGCAGGUCCUCAGGGGUUUGGCAGCUCCUUCAGGGAUUCUGCCUGCCCCAAGGUCCUCUGGGAUCCUCGAGGCCCCAAGACUGCACAUUCUGCAGUCCUCAUGGGUCCAUCCCCUUCUCAGCCGCACACAUGCAGAGCUCCCGUGUUUCCCUGGGUACCCGCCCCUUGGUGCUGUCCUGCUUGCACCCCUCUGCUGCACCAGGGUCUCCCUGUUCUCCUCCAAGAAGCCCUCCCCCACCUCAGGGCUUAUUCAGGGCUUCCACCAGCCAUGGAGUAUCUGCGCCUGGAGACACAGAUGUGCUGGCUCAGAGAAGAGUGGACUGGGUCCGGUCCCCAGAAAACCUGGGGCCUGUUGGAAAUUCCAGGACCUGGCCCCAUCUAGGGGCACAUGGAGGCUCUUGCUUGAGGCCAGCAGUCCUCGAAAGGUCCCAGCAGGACAGAAGAGGCCCUAACCAUUCCAUGCCAAGCACAGAGAGAUCUGGCCACAGAGUAGGGUGCAGGGGAACUCUGGAGAGGGAGUCCAGAGAAGUCUAGCCUUCCCAGUGCUUCUUGGCCUCUGGUUCAGUAGGAUCUGGUACCCUGGGAAGGGCAGGACAUUGGCUUAGUGAGAAAAAGUGAGGAGACUCCCUCUGCAACCCGAAGAAGCAGGGCACACCUUGGGAGAAGGAAGUGUGCUAAGGAAGUGUGGUGGUAGCUCUCCAGGCAGCCUUGGCAGGGUCCCCAGUCUCCAGCUUCUCCAUAGUCACUACCGAACUGCCCACUGAGCAUUCUGUGUCACAGGAGAGCCCUCAGCCCAGGUGCAGGGGACAGUUGCUCACCCACUGUAGGGGCAGCUCUGAACUCCCCAUCGGUGCUCAUGGGUUGGCAGCAUGGAGGAUCCUGGAGAACAAGGGGGUUCUGUCUGAGAUGGCAAGUGUCCGGCCACCUUCUGUGGUGGGGAUCUAAAUGGCUGGGCUUGAGUCCCCAGAGAGACUGGCAGCUUGCGCCUGGCCCUGAGACAGUGAGCUCCUCCCAGGCUGUCCAUAGGACAGUCUGGGCUUCUGCUGGGCUUCACCAAGGUUGUUCCAAGAGGUCCUCUCCUUCUACCUGUGGAAAACCUGAGAUCUGAGUCACUAGAUGAGUCAACACUGGAGUCACCAAUGCCUCAUCCUGUAGCUGUCCACACUGCCCCUUGGCUCUGAUCCGGUAGUCAGAUGUAUUCAAGGAAAAAGCAUCUUGGGGAACCCAGGGUAAACCUCAAGUCUCAUGUAAUCUUGAGGGCUGGUUCUGAAGAAUCUUGGUGAGAGAAGUUGGGGUGAAUUCUGUGCCCGUCACUGCAUUGUGCUCCCCCAGGAAGGGGCAGAGGGUGGCAUUUCCCAUUGCAUUAUGUGGUAUCACUUUGUGCCCGAGUGUUGCCCUUCAGCACCAGCAUGGACUUGGGCACAGCUGGCUUUUGGGAACAGCAGGUGGGUCUUCCUGAGGAGUGGUGGGGAGUCCUGUGUGUGUCAGCUUUGCCUCCCUGGACUUGAUGUUUCCCCACGUUAGAGCCCUUUCUGCCAGUUGGGGCUUGGUUUCCUGAGUUGGAACUGUGGCAGGCAGCAGGAGAGCUGCCAGCACCAUUGGGAACUCCGUACUGUGGGGGAGGACCUGGUUCCGACUUGCUGGGUCCACUGGGCACCACAAGAACAGAGGUCAGCUGUGUAGUGGGAAGCCCGGUGGGGGCCUCCAUUGGGAGUGUAGGGCUCUGACCUCAUGGGGGUGGGAGGAGAGUGGAAGACCUCACACCCCCAAACAACAGAACCCAGAUUUACCCCCCUAUUCUGCCAUAUCUGAAAAUUCUGUAAAGCAGCAACAUCACUUUUCAUUUGUACACUCAUGAUGCAGGUCAUUUGAAACAAACCAGGAAAUAAAACAUAAAUCCAACCACAGCAGAGGUGGUGCUGGCUGGGUUUUGUUUGGUUCCCUUACCCCUGUCCUUCCUAAGGCUCCAGGUGGCUUUAUUACAUGUGCAUUGGAGACUGUGGCCAUACAUGUGGAUGCAGUGAUGGUUUUCCAGGCCAUAAUUCGGGUAAGCGACUUGUUGACAAGGCCUAGGAGGUGGUAGCAGGGGCUGAGGAACAGGCCUGUCUGUGCUGGGGCACCUUCCUUCCAGACUCUCCUCCCCAGGGCAGAGAGGAGAAGCGAUAAAGGCUAUGGUGGCAAAGUUGAAAAGGCCCAGGAUCCGUGCCCACAGAACAGCACCAAAGAAAAGCACUAUGUGGAAAGAUGGCUUUAUUUUGUAAUGAUGUUACAGCUGGAAUGGCUUCUUGAGAUGUAUAUAUUUUUUAAAUGGCAGUCCUGUGUUGCCGUGUCACCUCUAUGUAUUUCUACCCUGUGUAUGUUCUCCCAAGGACCCCUGUAAAUCACAUGCCCUAGGGUUCUUCCAUCCUGGUUCCAUCCCGGUCCCAUGUAUCUGGAAUCUAAUAAACAAGGAAAGGCC